GACACCUGAGUUCAACACCUUUAGAAGAACAUGGGAAAGAGGAACAAUGUGACUGAAUUUAUCCUCCUGGGGCUCACACAGAACCCUGAGGGGCGGAAAGUUCUGUUUGUCGUGUUCUUACUCAUCUACAUUGUGACGGUUCUGGGCAACCUGCUCAUUGUAGUGACCGUCGCGGCCAGCCCAUCCCUGGGUUCCCCCAUGUACUUUUUUCUGGCUUAUUUUUCAUUUAUAGAUACUGUCUAUUCGACCGCCAUUGCUCCCAAAACGAUCACGGACUUGCUUUCUGAGCAAAUGACCAUCUCCUUUCAGGCUUGUAUGACUCAAGUGUUUAUAGUUCAUUUAUUUGCUGGUGCAGAAGUCAUUCUUCUGGUAGUGAUGGCCUAUGACCGCUACGUGGCCAUCUGUAAACCGCUUCAUUAUUUGAUCAUCAUGAAUCAGAGGAUGUGUGUUCUCAUGCUGUUGGUGGCCUGGAUUGGAGGCUUUCUUCAUUCAUUAGUUCAAUUUCUUUUUAUUUAUCAGCUCCCUUUUUGUGGCCCUAAUGUCAUCAACAACUUCGCAUGUGAUAUGUAUCCCUUGUUGGAACUUUCUUGCACCAACACCUACCUCAUUGGACUUUCCAUGAUUGCUAAUGGAGGGGCCAUUUGUACUGUCACUUUCUUUGUUCUCCUCCUUUCCUAUGGGGUCAUAUUACACUCUCUGAAGGCUCAGAGUUUGGAAGGGAAACGCAAAGCCUUCUACACCUGUGCGUCCCACAUCACUGUGGUCAUUUUAUUCUUUGUCCCCUGUAUCUUCCUAUAUGCAAGGCCCAAUUCUACCCUCCCCAUUGAUAAAUUCAUGACUGUGGUUUUAACUUUCAUAACUCCCAUGCUGAACCCCCUGAUCUACACCCUGAGGAAUGCAGAAAUGAAAAACGCCAUGAGGAAACUGUGGAGUAAAAAUGUGACCUUAGUUGGAUGA